AUGACGGAGGACUCUCGAAGUAACAAGUUGAAUCGUGAGCUACUGCGCUGGAUCCAAAGUCUUGACCUGGCCUACUCCAUCAAAAACGUCAAGAGAGACUUUGCCAAUGGAUUCUUGGUGGCCGAGAUUUUGUCUCGAUACUACGACAAGGACAUCAGCAUGCACUCAUACGAAAACGGUAUCGGAAAGAAGGCCAGAAAGGAUAACUGGGAUCAGUUAGUCAAAGUGUUUGGUCGCUUUGUCGAUCUGGAGCCUUUGAUCAUUAAAAAUGACAUCGACGCCGUCAUUCACUGCCAAAACGGAGCCGCAGUUGCGUUCCUUACGAAGCUCUAUCAGUGCUUAACGAAGCGUACUAUCCAGUCUACACUUAUAAGUCAGCCUCAUACAUCAGGUACUGAUGAUAAUGCGGCCUGUGCGAGCAUAGCUAGAAGUUUAAAAACGCUGGAAGAGAUUCCACCAUAUGCGAAGCCUACCAAUUCAACGUUAAUUCGAGACAAGAUGCGAGAAUCCAACCUCGCCGAGACACAAGAUCAGACGCAACUUCACCGCAAGGUCCGAGAGAUUUACUCGCAGCACGAGGAAAUGCACCAGCUUGAACGCUUGAUGGUAAGCACGCCGGAACAUAAUUCGGCACUUAAUAGUGCCAGCAAAGCCACAAUGUUGCGCGGAGCAACGAAAGCUGUAUGUAAUGAAGGCUCUACCCCCGUGUUGAUAACACAGCAGAUUGUACGUGAGGUACAGAUCAAAACUGCCAACCACCAAGGGUUCGAUAAAUUACGCGCUACACGAGAAGCGAAGGAGACUGGAUUGCUGGAUCCUUUGGACUCACGGUGUAAUAAUGAAGACGCUCGACGUGAUCUUGCUUAUUGCAGAGUGAGUAGUAAGAGUGACACUUAUAGUAUGGAGACAGCUCAUAGGCGCCGGCCCUUCGAUCUGCUGAAUGAGAAAGUAGAGCGCCUGAUUUUUGAUACAGAACUCACGCUUAGGCCACAUGAAGUCAAGGAAAAGUUUGAAUGGUUUAUUAAUGCUGCGUACGAAGGACAAUGGCUUAAUGAGCAGCAAUUUGUAAAUGUUUUUCAAUGUGCACAAGAGGAAGCUGAACUACUUGGCCUGGGUUUUCUAGACUUUCCAAGAGAUUUCUGGAAAUUUAUUGGUCUCAUGUAUCCUUUCCUCUCAGAAUAUGACGAAUCGCACGUAUUCUUCCAGACAGCAAUAAAUUUUUUCGUGCUGUUGGGGCAGCAAUGUGCAUGUCGAGAAAAGGCAGCUGCUUCACUUCUUAUGCCUGAAUAUAUGCUUCCAAAAUUGACGACAAUUCUUCGUCGAGAUGCUAUCAAGCGACCAAUGUUACUACGUACAGUAUACGCGUUUGUGCCUAAUACGGUGCUAGCUCAUAUCCAAACGAUUAAGUACUUACGCGAAGCGAUGGCUGAUAAUAUUCCGCUUUUUAUCCACAUUCUAACAAUUUUAGUUGGUAUGGAAAGUGAACUGGAUGAAACACUUGUGGACCUAUAUUACUAUUACUGCAGCAUUGGACUUGAUACACCCUGUGAGAAGCUCCGUGCUGCGUGUUUGUCCAUGUUAAUGUCUUUCUUAAAUUAUGAUGUAAAGCUCGUUGCGGAUUUAUUGCCACGUUUAACCCGAUUUUCGUCACGACAUGCGUGGUGGGAAGUGAAAGCACAGCUUGUGAUUAUCGCAUCUGCUUUACUUCGCGUCGCAUCCCCUCAGCAAAAGCACGAGGAAGAUGACGCCGAUGGAAGCAUCGCAAUAUCAAAGAUAUCAACAAACAAAUUUUCAGAGCAAAUUGAAUUGUGUUUAACCAUCAUCGAGCGAGAGUUUCAUCCCAAAGCAAGUUUAAAUAUGAGGCGUAUCGGUCUGUCAUCUUUGUCGCAAAACCUUGAGCGAUACCAGGAGCUUGUUCCCCUUUUUGUCGAUGUAUUAUUGAGUCUCCCUGUGGCUGUACGUCACACGAUGCUAGCGACUGCGAAUACUGAUCCUUCGACUGAGUCUACAAAAAUAGGUGCAACCGGAAUUGAACAUCAGUUGCCGAUUCGAGGUGCAUCUGGAGUGAUAUAUCAACUUGUGCCGUUGAUCACAAGCUGGGACUCGGUCGCAAUUGCAAAACAGCUGUACUAUGAGCACCAAACUAGCAUUGAGGCCGACUCAAGUGUCCUUCAUGUAAUGUUUAAAUGCUUCGAGCAUUUAUUAAACACAGGCAAACAAAGCAAUGUGUGGUUGCUUUACGACCAGAUGAAAGAUUAUAUCGUUACCGGGUUUGUCAAGGCCACAACAUGCGAGCUCAGUGCCAGCAUCGUCACUAUUGCUCUGACGGCUUUACGCGAUAGUGAGACUGAUGUUUUCCAGCACAUUGCGCUCGUCAAAUCUGUGCGACAAGUUAUCACGAUGAAUAAUGAGGACCUACGUCAACAAACAAUUGUCAAGAUACUGCAAAAUGUACGCAACACGAGUCCUGUGCGGGCAAAGCAAGUCCAGCGCUUUGUGACGACAAUGCGCUCGAAGUGCGACGCUGAUACAUACAAGUCGUCGCUUUUUUCGACUGCAUUUGGGAACGACGUGUAA